CAUUAACAAGGACAUAUUUCAGAAUCUAAUAAGUUUAUCAGGAAAUCUGUCCAAUGGGAAGUUUGUAAAAAAUAUGUCUAUCUAUCCCUCUCUUCAGCUAACUCUAGUACAUCCAGAUAUGACAAGGGAGUUUGAGAAUAUUUGUAAAAUCCUUUACUCUGAGAGAUGUCCUGGAGAUUUAGCAGAAGAUACUGUUAAACUAUUCUACGAUCAUACUUUCCAGAUAGGAAGUUUGUACAUAACAAUCCUGACGUACACCAACUAUUUCUACCUUGGUUCCCCUGUGAUGCCCCUGGCAAUCAAUAUUCAUGAAAGAAAGUUUAAAUCCAGCCAUUCUAUGUUCUGGGCAAGAGUUCUCUGUGAUAUUCCAGCACUAGCCAAAUACAGGUUCCCAAUUGUGAUCAACGAAUCUGAACCGUCUGUCCAUCUUGCUGUUAAAGCUCAUGCUCCAAACCUGAUUCAGUUUGAAGGUUGGAUACAUAGGUUUCGUGAUAUGGAUAAAUAUAUGAGACAGAAAGGAUACGGUGCUCAUGCUGUUGCAUACUUUAAGGCUUGUGUUAAAUAUUUGUUGAUGUCUGAAUCCCGGACGGAAAUGCAGGAUAGAUUCAGGAAAGAGUUUGAGAAUAUCUGGCCGAAAGAUUUUGUUAACUAUUUCAGGGAAAAAAACACCCAAUUAUUGUUCACAUGCAAUUUUUUUUUUUGA